CGAUGCAGCGGGCAGCCCUCGCGCGGGGAGGGAGGAUGACUGCGCCUGUCGCAGUGUGAGCACUAGGGAACCAGGAGGCAUUUCAGGAUUAAAGGUAUUAAUUUUCUCUUCUCGCCCCCCUCCCCCCAGUUUUUGCAUGCGAAGCCCAUCGUCCGUGCGGGUCGUAUCGCAUGUACGGCCAGGUCUCUUCAGAGCCAGUUAAGGUUAAAAUGGGAUCGUCUUUUGGCAGUGGUACCCAGCGGAGGCUGAAAUGUAGAACAAGUUAAAUCUCUGGAGAUGCAAGUCAAAUAUCUUCCUGUGCUUUCUGUGCUUAGCUGGAAGCCCAUAAUCGGUGGGAUCUUUUUGAAUUUCUACGGCUGAAACCACACAUAAUUGUAACCAAAGGGAAAAGCAAUGGAUGCUGGAAUUUGAACGUACUGCUGAACUCAGUGAAACUGACUUAAGAUUUCUGAUGAUUUGGAUACAUUCCACAUAUUUCCAAAGGGAUCUGCCCAGCACUUUGGGAGUGUUAGAAGAGGCCAAGAGAUCAAGCCUGUCAGCAGUUAUUAGGUAUCUAUCCAUUCCAGAGGUAAUAUUUUCUACAACCAGAGACUGAAAUGGCAUGACUGGAGUUUUAAGUAAUUUGGCUUUGACAGUUUCACCAUUUACUGAGAACUUGGAACGGAAUUUGCACUCUAUUUCUGCACUAUCCUAGAUUAUAAUGCCAUCCUUUCCUAAUGAGGGAGAUAACCAUGGAACUGCUCCUCUGACUUUGAGUUCAGAACUACCCUAUCAGGGCACAAUUCAAAGAAAAGUCAGAAAGAAGAAGAAGAAGAAGAAUGGAGUCAUCACUGCCAAUAUUGCUGGCACAAAAUAUGAAAUUGUGCGAGUAGUAAUACAAGAAAUGGGCUUUGUGAAAACGCGUGAUGAGGAUGAAACAGCAAAUCUUAUCUGGAGCGAUUGUGCUGUGCAGCAGGAGAAGAUCGCUGAGCUGCGGAACUAUCAGAGAAUCAACCAUUUUCCAGGAAUGGGAGAAAUAUGCAGAAAAGAUUUUCUGGCAAGAAACAUGACUAAAAUGAUCAAGAGUCAGCCUCAGGAGUACAGUUUCAUUCCUCGAACAUGGAUCUUUCCUUCAGAAUACACACAGUUUCAGAACUAUGUAAAAGAAUUGAAGAAGAAACGUAGACAGAAAACUUUCAUCGUCAAACCAGCUAAUGGUGCAAUGGGACAUGGGAUCUCUUUAAUAAGAAAUGGAGAAAAGUUACAAGCUCAGGAUCACUUAAUUGUUCAGGAAUAUCUUGACAAACCAUUUCUUAUGGAAGGCUACAAGUUUGAUUUACGUGUGUAUAUUCUUAUAACCUCCUGUGAUCCAUUAAAAGUAUUUUUAUAUCAUGAUGGACUGGUGAGAAUGGGCACGGAAAAGUAUCACCCCCCCAGUGACUCAAAUUUGAGUCAAUUGUAUAUGCAUCUGACUAACUAUUCUGUCAAUAAACAUAAUGAACGCUUUGAACGGGAUGAAACAGAAGACAAAGGAAGCAAACGCUCCAUAAAAUGGUUUACUGAGUUUCUAGAAACAAAUAACCUUGAUGUCUCCAAAUUCUGGAGUGAUAUUUCAGAGCUGGUGGUGAAGACUCUGAUAGUUGCAGAGCCGCAUGUUCUUCACGCUUAUCGCAUGUGCAGGCCAGGGCAAGCACCAGGAAGUGACAGUGUCUGCUUUGAAGUCCUGGGAUUUGAUAUUCUGCUGGACAGAAAACUAAAACCAUGGCUCCUAGAGAUUAAUCGUGCACCAAGCUUUGGAACGGAUCAGAAAAUAGACUAUGAUGUAAAAAGAGGUGUUCUGCUAAAUGCUUUAAAGCUUCUCAACAUACGGACAAGUGAUAAAAGAAGAAAUUUAGCCCAACAGAAGGCUGAGGCUCAAAAAAGACUGUAUGGCCAAGGUUCAGUGAAAAAACUCUUGCCAGGUUCCUCAGACUGGGAGAGGCAGCGCCACACACUGGAAAGGAGAAAACAAGAACUGAAGGAAAGACUUGCACAAGUACGUAAACAGAUUUCCAAAGAGGAACAUGAAAAUAAACACAUGGGGAACUACAGACGAAUUUACCCUCCUGAUGAUAAAACAUUACUUGAAAAGUAUGAGAGUUUGUUAGCCACUGCUUUCCAGACGUUUCUUGCUGGAAGAGCAGCUUCACUUCAGCGGGAAAUGAAUAACCCCUUAAAAAGAAUGAAGGAGGAGGACAUUUUGGAUCUUCUGGAGCAGUGUGAAAUAGAUGAUGAAAAGCUAAUGGGAAAAUGCACCAGGCAACGAGGACCUAAGCCCUUGUGUUCAAUGCCAGAAAGUGCACAAUCCUUAAGGAAACCUAAGAAUCACAGCAGUGACAGUAGCUGUGAUAGUGAUAGCAGUUUGUCAGAAUCGGGAGAAGAAACUGAAAAGGAAGAUCACAAUGAGAAAAAAGAGAAAAAAGUUUCAUAUGAUCUUGAAGAAAAUAAAUACAAAUCUUUGGAACGAUCAGGUAGAAUGAACAGCAAACCUUCAAAUAAAAACAUAAAGUCUCCAUCAUAUUCGUCCCCCACGUCAUCUGCAGGCCCAAUGAGGCGUUCUGUGAGCUGCCCUCGUUCCAUUUCCAUUCUCACUAUGCAGGCCCAGGGAGCAGAGCAGCGCCCCUUGUCAGCCAAAACACCUCUCCAAAUGCAGCGGACAUCCCCAGUGAACAGGUCUCACUCUCUAAGUCGUAGCCCAUCUUCAGCCAGAUUCUCUCAGACAGCCACCUUGAACUCUUCAGGGAGUGAGUCUUUGCUGCAACAGAAAACAAAAGAGCAAGAAGUUGCUUUGACAAAAGAGACUCUUCUCCUUAUGAAUGACUUGAGAGUCAAGUUCCCAGGAAAAACAAAUGAAGAAUCUGAAUUAAUUAUAGAAGAUAUUAUGGAUAAUUGGAAGUAUCAUAAAACAAAAGUGUCAUCCUAUUGGUUGGUAAAACUGGAUUCAGCAAAGCAACGAAAAGUUUUGGAUAUAGUCAGGACAAGUGUCCGUGCAGUUCUACACCAUGUCUGGAAAGCUCCAGACAUUGAAAAUUUACAUCUCUACCGGCUUUUUAACCGUGUAUUUAAUCGCUUACUUUGGAGCCAUGGUCAAGGCCUAUGGAACUGUUUCUGUAAUUCAGGGAGCUCUUGGGAAACCAUAUUCAGUAAAGGCUCAGAGGCAGUGACUCCUGAGCAGCUGCAGUGUUGCCAACGAAUAGUACAGCUUUGUAAAUACUGCCUGCUGGUGGUUUACAAACAGUCAUCAGAUUCAAGAGGAUCCCCAACUGGGAUGAGCCACCACUGGGAUGAUACAAGGUAUUUAUUGCCAAGACCUACCCUGUUCAUCCUGAAAUCAUCCUCAUCCAAACUUAGCUGCAGUUCAUCUGGAAUGCCUCGCCCUAACAUUUUGUUCACACACAGAUACAGUCAUUUGUGAAGUAAAAGGAAAGUUGCUGUUUGUAAAUAAUAGCACUCAAUUUCUUUUUUUUUAACUUGUGAUGGAGCUAAACAUAAGCACUGUUAUAUAUUCCUACCAUCAUAUUAUAAUAAAAUUUAGCUGAAAACCUACUCUAAAAACAUAGCUUUUCUGGGAACAUAAUAAACCUUGUUAAGUUGUUUACACACACAUGUGAAUGUGUAGAUCUUGCUAGGUUUAUAAGUAAUUCCUUCCUACUAGAAAUGUUAUUUUUGCUGCAGAAUAUAUAAAAUGGAA